AUGGGGCUCCUCAGGAUUAUGAUGCCGCCCAAGUUGCAGCUGCUGGCGGUGGUGGCCUUCGCGGUGGCGAUGCUCUUCUUGGAGAACCAGAUCCAGAAACUGGAGGAGUCCCGGUCGAAGCUAGAGAGGGCUAUUGCAAGACAUGAAGUGAGAGAAAUUGAGCAGCGACAUACGAUGGAUGGCCCUCGGCAAGAUGCAGCUUUAGAUGAAGAGGAGGAUAUGGUGAUCAUUUAUAACAGAGUUCCCAAAACUGCAAGCACCUCAUUUACCAACAUCGCCUAUGACCUGUGUGCAAAGAAUAAAUACCAUGUUCUCCACAUCAACACUACCAAAAAUAAUCCAGUGAUGUCACUACAAGAUCAGGUGCGCUUUGUAAAGAAUAUAACUUCCUGGAAAGAGAUGAAACCAGGGUUUUAUCAUGGACACAUUUCUUAUUUGGAUUUUGCAAAAUUUGGUGUGAAGAAGAAGCCAAUUUACAUUAAUGUCAUAAGAGAUCCUAUUGAGAGGCUAGUUUCUUACUAUUAUUUUUUGAGAUUUGGAGAUGAUUAUAGACCAGGGUUAAGGAGACGAAAACAAGGAGACAAAAAGACCUUUGAUGAAUGUGUAGCGGAGGGUGGCUCAGACUGUGCUCCAGAGAAGCUCUGGCUUCAAAUCCCAUUCUUCUGUGGCCACAGCUCGGAAUGCUGGAAUGUGGGAAGCAGGUGGGCUAUGGAUCAAGCCAAGUAUAACCUAAUCAAUGAGUACUUUCUGGUGGGAGUUACUGAAGAGCUUGAAGAUUUUAUCAUGUUAUUGGAAGCAGCUUUGCCCCGGUUUUUCAGGGGUGCUACAGAACUCUAUCGCACAGUAGGAAAGAAAUCUCAUCUUAGGAAAACCACAGAGAAGAAACUCCCCACUAAACAAACCAUUGCAAAACUACAGCAGUCUGAUAUUUGGAAAAUGGAAAAUGAGUUCUAUGAAUUUGCAUUAGAGCAGUUCCAGUUCAUCAGAGCCCAUGCUGUUCGAGAAAAAGAUGGAGAUCUCUACAUCCUCGCACAAAACUUUUUCUAUGAAAAGAUAUACCCUAAGUCGAACUGAGUACACGUCGUGACUAUCAGAUUCUUGAACUAAAACUUGGACCCUGUCUUCACCUUCAUUUUCAGCUCCACAACCUGGAUUGCUGAUAGGUGCAUGGACAGUUUGUAUUGAGCCGAGUUAGGAAACAGUAAUGUCAAGGAAGUAGAUACUGGCUGAUAUGCCAGUGUACUAAGAUGUUUAAGUUUCAGGCUUUUUUUUUUCUUUUUUCCUCUGGUUAAAUUUUGUUGAGAAUUAUAAUCUCCUGCCUGGGGGAUGGAAGGGGAAACCUGUAUGUUACCGGAAAUUAAACACAAGAAUCGUCUAAUCAAAAGGCUAAAAUGCAAUUUCAGAAAAGGUUCUGCUAUUCUUGUUUUUGAUAAAGCAUUUUUUCAACUAACCAUGAAUGAAGAUGAAUCCAUUUGCCACUUCCGCCUUCACUGGAGGUUUGGGUUAUACACCUCUACUGAAUAGUGUUAAUAACUGUUUGGCAGUGUGUGCUUUGUUUUGUGAAUCAUGUCUCAUGAAAUUUAUUGGGAUGUUUGGUCAUGUUUGCUAAGAAAUAUUCUGCUGUACUUGGGUUUGCCCUUAUUUAUGUAGGUGGAUUUCAUUUUUAAAAAUGAUUAUUAGUGUUAAAUUUAAGUCAUGAGUAACAACUGUAAAAAGAUAGAGUCAAGGCAGUAUUUCUCAUUCCUGUCUCCCUAGUAUCUAAUGCUGGGAAGAUAUGUCAAAGAAUAAUGACUUUGAAGUUUUAGUUAAGACUUCCAAACAGUAAUCUCAAAAAAAGUAUGUUUAGUAUUUGUUUCUCCAUGGAUUAUUUGUAAAGCUGUAAACUGAGAUAUCGGUGACUCCAUAUUAUGACUCCAAUAGUGAGCUGUGGUAUGGGUAAGAUUUUCCUAUGUCUUAUGUACUUUUACCUGUAGACUAUUUUUACUAAGGUGCUUUAUAAUGUGUUUUAAAGCAUUGCAUUUACAAAAAAGAAAAAAAAAGUAAAAUGCUGUAAAUAUCGCAUAUUUUAUGUAUUUGGACCAAAAGGUUAUGGGUAAUUAGACAAAGUGGUUUUGCACCAAUUUUAUUAUGUCUGGUAAAACCAUCAGACCUACUGUUACUGCAUUUCUCGUUUAACAUCACUUUUAAGAUAUCAUGGAAAUGAAUUUCAAUAACUUUUCGAUUUUGAUACACACUACAUUCUUCAUAACUGGAGGCAGUAGUUCGAGUGGGAAGAGUACUGGCCAAGGAGUCAAAACUCUUGAUUUCUGGUCUUCGCUCUGCCGCUUACCAGCUGUGUGAUCUUGGGCAAGUCACUUAACCUCUCUUUGCCUCAAUCUCCUCAUCCUGGAAUGAGGAUAAUAAUACCUGCUGUACCUACCUCACAGGGCUGUUGUGAGGGUUAAAUGAGAUGGCAUGUGGAAGCACUUUGAAAACGGUUAAUGCGCUAUAUAAAUGUAAGGUAUUAUGGAAACAUCUUUAACAUAUAGUUUCAUAUCAUUCUUUUUUUAACAAAGAAAGGGAAAAGCCCACUUAUAAGCUGGUUGGAAAAAAAAAGUUAAUCUUGAUAUAAAUUUUUGUUUGAUAAAUAUCUUCUCAGUGUUUUAUCUUCCACGUUUCCACAACGAUUGAAAUAUGAAGCACCUGUGAACUCUUAAAAGGUUCAUGAGCAGCUGCUUGAGCUCAGGAGGUUCCCUGUUGGAAAUAGGCUUCAUUAGCUGACUAGGGGCAGAGAAACUGUGCUUCAGAUUUGAAAAACUUUUUUUAUUUUACAGUACUGUUCAGAAAUGGUUGCUAUUUUAUAUGUAUGUUUUUUAAGAUAUGUUUUGCAGAAUUUAAUUUCCCUGUGCAUUCUUCUCCCUCCUGCAGCAACUGAGAUAAAGAAUUUUAGAAACAUUUUCUAGAAGAGUAAUCUUUAAUAUGUUUAAUUUAAUUAAGUGUUUCUGAGUAAGGCUUUAUCAAACUAUAAGUGUUUUAGGCAGAUUGCUUUAAAAGGUUAUUCGUAGGAGGAGAGGUGAGAACGCUAUCAGAAAACAUUUGUGAACAAACCCAAGAACUAAAGGAAUGACAAAAGGAGUCACCUUAGUACCCAUUUUCCCUAAUAAUAUGAAAAUAUUAAGGAAAUAUAGGCAGAGAUACUGUUUUUAAAAAUAACUUUUACAGGUAUUUGCUGAAAAUAUAUACAAAUUAUUUCUUGGCCCAAAAGUGAAGUAGUACUUUGGGUUGAGAUGUUCUGACAUUUACCUGUGAAAAGACCCCACUGUGCAGGUUAUUCUUAGAGUUCAUGUUCUUUUAGGGUAACUAGAGUAGCACUCAGUGCACUAGAUCAGAGGGGUUGUAAACAUUUUUCGUAAAGGGUUAGAAGUAAAUAGAUAUUGGGAGCCAUGGUCUCUGUCACAGCUAUUCAGUUCUGCCAUUGUAGCACAAGGGCAGCCAUUCAUAAAUGAAUGAGCAUGAUUGUGUUCCAAUAAAACUUUAUUCACAAGAACAGAUAGCAUGCCAGAUAUGGACCAUGGACUACCAAACACCUGCACUAGAAAAUCAUUAUUUGUGGCGAAAUCCUUUUUGUAUUUGUACUCUAGUAGUAUAAAAGAGUUUAUAUACUUCUAAAAGCUCCUAAUUUAUACCCAAAGAAUAGCUUUCUGAUUCAUAGUCUCUCCCACAGAUUCAUAACUUUUAUGACUUAUAUUGCUUCCAGGUGGUCAUAUUUUCUUUCCCAGUUUAACAGUUUAGAAUUGGGAAAUUUAUUUUUUCAUCUCUUAAGGUGGGGUAGGAGUGUCCUUUCUGGAGAAAGGGGUGAGUUUAAAUCCAUCUGGUCCAGUGCAGCCCUAGGAGUCUGAAUCCUUGUAAGACCUAACUUUAUAUAAUCAAUGAAAUAACUAGAACCACUGAGACAAUAAUGUAUUUUUUUAAAGUGGCAAAUGUGGUUUUCUUUUUUGCAGCCUUGGCGCUUUUUCAGUAUUUUGACCAUAGGGAGAUAUUUUUUUUAUAAUACAAAAGUAAAUUAACCACUUUGAAUUUUAAAGAUACUGUUAGGUGUGUGUUUUGUGUAUAUAUAAAUCUAUCUAUACCUGUUUGUUUCCUAAAAGAGGAAAAAGUACCUUUUUGUUCAACUCGUUAUCAACUCCUGUUUUCUAAUUGCUGUGAAAUGGCAACUGUUGAUAAAUCAUUGUGUUUGUUUUAAAGUGUAAUGGGAGGAUUUAUUUUGAUUUUACCCAGCUUUAAUCUGUAAAGUAUCACUUAAAUAUAUCUGAUAGCAACACUUAAAAUAUUGCAUGGGGGUUAUUUUUCUGUUAUCAAUAUGCACUUGUGCAGCUUCCAACACAUUGGGUGCUUCUGAAUUCCUGAGGAUUGGAUACGAACUACUGAAAAUCAGAGAACUUAAAUUUACUUUUUAAUUUUAAAUUUUAUUUUCUAUUCUUAAAAUUCAGUGAAUGACUAUAGUUUGAAAUCUACUGUUGCUCUUUCUCAAUAUACUAUAUGUCUUAUUGGAAAUUCUUACGGUUGUUAGUGCCAUCCGUGGUUUACAAGCAGUAUUUUGAUAUUGCAGAUGAUUUGCUCAUUGUAUUUGCAUAGUUAGAAAAUAGUUUGUAGACAACAAUUCUCUUUUUUAAUAAAAUAAAAUAAAAUUCUAAAAGCAUUAGAGGUAAAGGCUGGCUCCCAGGCGUAUAGCUGGUAUUUUCAUUUAUAUUCAGAUUCUCUGUGGAGGACAUCUGUGUUCAUCUAGCUGGAUUUUCCCAUUGGUCAUUCCCAAACACACCUAUGAUCUAGAAUCCUUCCGAGAGGCACCUGGUAUGGAAACCGUUAUAAAUUGGCCUUUAAGAGGCACAGGUGCUUCUGCUUUGUGAUUUCUAAGUUUGCCUCUUCAUACAUUAGUGACAUUGACUUUGCUAGGAAGCACGACAGUUCCAUUUUGCAUAUGCAAAAGUUGCUGUAGCCUGCCGACUAACCUGCUUUGCAGGCAGCCUUCUGAGGGGAAAAGCAAGCCUAUUUCAAAUGCACUGCCAGUUCAGCUCCUCUCGAAUGGAGCUAGUGUUCAGAUUUCCUGGAGCAGAAAUUUUAGAGAUUGAAGUGAGUAGUCAGAUUUGUCCUAUAAGUUCGUGCAGCUUGGUGACUUCUGUGAUACUGUUUAUAGAACGAACCCUGGUGAUGAUCCCUUUAGAACACAUUACUGGUAAGGCUGUCUGUGAGUGCAUUACCUUGGUGCUGCCUAUCUGACCUUUUUAGAUGGUUUUUGUAGCUUCCUAUUGAGACUCAAGUAUGUGAGCAUCUCUAAAGCAGUAUUGAAUGAAUGUAAUUUUGAGAAACACGGACUCUUGUUUUGGUUUUUAUUUUGUAAAUAUGUAGACAGCUAAACAGUGCCUUUUCCCCCCUCACCAUCCUGUUGGAAGAUGCUCACUGCUUUCUCUGUCUCUCUUCUCUCUCUUCUCUUUUACUGCCUCCCACCGCAUUCAGUUGAUUCAUUUAUCCAAUGCUGUUUCCAACUUGAAACCAUUUUGUCACAUUGCUUGGAGAGAGAAUCAUUCCAUUUCCUUCGCAUUCUGCCUGCUUUCUCCCGUUGAAGUGUUUCCGUUGACUACCUGAUGCAAAAGCUGUAAAAUAAACAUUCAGUGGGAAGGGGAACAGUGGUUUGUUGUCCUGUUUCAAUGUGUUCUUCUGUAGCCUCGACACUGAUGGACAUAUUUGAACGGAUCCAGCGUUCAACCUUACCAACUUAACUCCUAGAUAUUGUUGGCACGCGAACAGCAUGCGUCAUCAUUGGUUUGUAAUGAUUUUAUGGCUUGUGACAAUAUUUUACCCAGAAUAAUACGUCUCCGUUGCUUUUGCUUUGUACUUCUCAUUGGUAGUGAAAUUUCAUAUAGUAAAUUUCCAGGAUAUACUUACCAUAUACACUUAAUUAGAAAAAUAUGGAAAUGGUUAAUGGAAUAAAAAAGGAAAUGUGAAAGAAAAAA